CGGAAGGUAAGAAAAGCACUUUCAUGUUUUGAAAAUGGAGAAUGUGUGAUAGACCGGCAUCGACAAGUAAAUCUCUCAACACCAACAAUGAUAUAAUGACAAAUAAUCAGCGGUCUAAAUCAAAGACAUAUGGCGAUACAGUAAUACAACAGUUUAGAAGUUUGAGGGACAAAGAUGAGCUCUGUGAUUUCCAGGUAUCAGCUGAUGGCAGAAUAUUUAAGGUUCAUAAAGCUAUGUUGGCUGCCACCAGUGAUUACUUCAGAGUCAUGUUUUCUGGUACCAUGGCUGAAAGUAAGCAAGACACGAUAGACCUCAAAGGGGUUUCGGCAGAAGGACUGUUCCACAUUGUUGAAUUUAUUUAUAGUGGAGAAAUAGCGCUGACCCUUUUGAAUCUCCAAGAAGUAGUUCAUACAGCUAGUCAUUUGCAAGUCAUGUCUGCAUUGGAUCUUUGUAGUUCAUACAUCAAAUCUUUGCUAACAUUUGAGAAUGCCAAAGAUUUUCUGACCAUUGCUAACACGUAUUCUUUAUAUGAAGUUCUUAAGCAUUGGCAUAAUCUGAUUUUGUCACAGUUUUACGAGUUUGCCAAAACAAAACUCUUCUUGGAACUGGAUUCUUCUGAUUUAAUUGAUUAUAUUAGUGAUGAUAAGUUGCGGACUAGUUCUGAACACAAACUAUUUAAGAUUUUAGAACUUUGGUUUCGUUUUAAUCCUAGUAGCAUUGCAUCAGGUGUUGCAUUACGGGUAUUAAAUCAUAUCAGAUUUGGCCUGAUGACGGAAUUAGAGCUAAGUACAGUUCAAGACAGUGAAGUGAUCAAACGGUGUUCUGGGUCCAUUCAGAACAUAUUAAAAGGAUUUAAAUUCCACACAGAUUGUAGGAAAGGACAUCCUGUUAUUGAUGAAAGCUGUAUAAUCCGUCAUUCUCGACCAGCGCUCAUCCUAGUUCAUUACGGGUCUGCUCAUCAACCGUUCCAAAUUACUUCAUACGAUCCAAGAAGUGAACAGUUUUACAGUUUAUUUUCUGAUUUGAGUGGAAGCCGAGAUUGUCGUAUUAAUGUGAUAGAUAAUUUUACUUACAUUUGUAGCAUAGUAGAUUUUGGUGGUGGAACUUUGAUGAGUUCCACUUUUAGAUUUGAUCCUAGGCAUUUAGUUGGUCAGGAUCUGCCUCCAAUGAGAAAACUUAGACUUGACUUUGCACUGGUUGCUGAUAAAGAAUGCUUGUAUGUGUUUGGAGGAAGCACUGAACAGUAUGCUAUCUUAGACUCUGUCGAAUGUUUCAAUGUGAAGACAAAUUCAUGGUCCGAUUUACCUCCCCUUCCUUCGGCUCUCCACUCCCUUGCUGCAGAAGUUUAUGGUGACAAAAUCUACCUCUCGGGAGGUGUAUCUAGUCAUGAUCGUCAAGCAACAAAUACAUUUCUCUCGUAUAGUCCUGGAUCAAGGAAAUAUGAUACAAUGCGAGGGAUGUUUUAUGCUCGUAGAUUGCAUGAAAUGGUUGCCUUCAAAGGCAAAAUGUAUGUAUUUGGAGGAAUUCCAAGACAAGGUGUUCCCCUGCAUGGACAAAUCCCUAUUGAGUAUUAUGAUUUCGUGACAAAUCAAUGGAAUAUGCUUUCAUCUACUCUCAGCGGAAGGUCAAUUGGACACUACAUUGUGUUUGAGAAUGAGAUUUUAUCAUUAGGACAUGAGCAUCACAAUGCUAAAGAGAAUGAGAUUUGGGUAUAUAAUCCAGACUGUGAUAGUUGGAAAAAUUAUGCGAAAGCACCUCAGCGAGCAAACCUCACUUCAGCAAUAUGCUGUCAGAUGCAAGUCAAUUUUGAUGACGAAAAAGUUGUUAAAAAGGUUUUUUGAAAGAAUAGAUAAUCAAAAAAAAAUCGUUAUAUGUUUUAUUAUGCA